AUGGCACCAAGAAAAUUGAACGUCCUCGUCUAUUCUGGUAACGGAAGCACGAUUGAGUCUGUUCGACACUGUUUAUAUACCCUGCGCCGCCUAUUAUCGCCUAAUUAUGCUGUCAUUAGCAUCACUGACACAGUGAUAUUGAAAGAGCCAUGGACAGCUUCAUGUGCAUUAUUGGUCUUCCCAGGCGGAGCUGACCUGGGCUAUUGCCGCUCCCUCAAUGGCGAAGGUAAUCGUCGCAUCGAGCAAUAUGUUCGCCGUGGCGGUGCCUAUUUAGGUUUCUGUGCUGGAGCUUAUUAUGGCAGUUCGAGGUGUGAGUUUGAGGUCGGAAACAAGAAAUUAGAAGUGGUUGGAUCCCGAGAAUUAUCAUUCUUUCCUGGUAUUUGUCGCGGCUGCGCUUUCAAAGGGUUCGUAUACCACAGCGAAGAGGGUGCUAAAGCUGUACGAUUGGACGUCAACAAGGAAGCAUUUGGCGGGGCACUUGUACCUGAGACUUUCAAAUCUUACUACAAUGGUGGUGGGCUUUUUGUGGACGCAAAGAAAUUCGCAGACAAGGGCGUCGAGACGCUUGCAACAUACACAGAUAGCACUGAUGUUGAAGGAGGUGACGGGCCUGCUGCAGUGGUCUAUUGCAAGAUUGGAGAAGGUGGCGCUUUGCUGACAGGCCCACAUCCUGAGUUCGCCGCGGUCAAUCUUGAUCCCAAAUCAGACGGCCCAGGUUAUCCGAAAGUUGUAAAAGACAUUGCGCAAGAUGACGAGCUUCGGGUCAAUUUUCUCAAGGCAUGUUUGGCAAAACUUGGUCUGGUGAUAAGCCAGGAAAGCUCUUCGGUACCGUCCCUUUCUCGCCUUCAUCUAUCAUCCCAGCAUCAUUACCUAGUUGGAGAACUGCUUUCCUCGUGGGAGGAUAUAAUCACGGUUGAGAAUGGGGAAGAAUAUAUCAUAGGGGAAAACGACACUUUUCAUUUCGAGAAGCAAGAGUCUCGAUGGUCGUUGAACAAUCUUGUCAAAUCUCUUCCCUCGCUGCCCAUAGCAAGCCAAGCCAAAGAACAUAUAGCUGAUGAGAAGCACGUCGCUGUGCUGGAGGAUAGAAUAGUCGACUAUGACAAGAUAACGAAGCGAAUUAUAACGCACGAGGAUCAAUGGCCCGGUACAAAAGAGACACCUUAUUUCAAUCACCACUCAUAUUACGCCAAUUUGAAAAAGUAUCAGCAAGAAACAGGCGGAGAUGCAGAAGAUUUUGGUAAGUAUUUACUCUAUGGUGAGGUUAUCACAAGUACAAAUACAAUUUUAGAGAAAAAUACGAAGCUACUGUCUCUCGCCCCAGAUGGUUUCACGGCUACAGCGACAACCCAAGUGGCUGGGCGUGGCCGUGGGUCAAAUGUUUGGGUGUCACCAGCAGGUUCACUUGUGUUUUCUGUUUGUCUAAAGCACCCCAUGGAGCUCAGCAACGUAGCACCUGUUGUUUUCAUCCAAUACUUGGCAGCUAUUGCGAUUGUAGAAGGCAUUCAAUCAUAUGACGAAGGCUAUAAAAAGGUGCCAGUGAAACUGAAAUGGCCCAACGAUAUCUAUGCGCAAGAUCCGUCAAAACCUGGGAAGAAAGAGUAUGCUAAAAUUGGCGGUAUUCUUGUCAAUUCAUCAUACUCGAACGGCAACUAUGAUCUUGUAGUUGGUAUCGGUCUUAAUACCACAAAUGCGGCGCCGACCACAUCAUUGAAUGCAUUACUACCGUCUACCCAGACGCCCUUCACGCUUGAAAAGUUAUUAGCGAGAAUUCUCACGAAGUUUGAGGUUAUAUACAAGAGGUUCUGUCGCAACGGCUUCGAUCGCAAUCUGGAACAAGUGUAUUACGAUCAUUGGUUGCAUACCGAUCAGAUUGUAACUAUUGAAACGGAAGGCGGCGCCAGAGCACGUAUUAAAGGGAUCACAAGAAAUUGGGGCCUUUUGUUGGCUGAAGAGCUAGGCUGGGAAGACCGUCCUACCGGAAAGGUUUGGGAGUUGCAAAGUGAUAGUAACAGCUUUGACUUCUUUAAAGGACUUUUGAAGAGGAAGAUAUAG